UGUCAGAGCCGUUGCUGUCGUAACGUGGGCGAAAAUGCAGCUGUGUGUCUGAGAGAGAAACAGCGAGAUCAAGUUUUUACGUCUUUUAAUAGCAGGGAAAUCUUUUUUUAAAAUCGGGAACAUGCGUCUGUGUGCGACCUGCGCGCUCCUCCUGCUGUGGGCAGCUCUGGACUCAUCAGAAAUCCUGCAGACGGCGGUGCGACCGGACAAAGACCGGACCGUGACGGUGUCCGGGUCGUCGGAUCAGUGUCCGGUGUGCACGGUCGGCGGGGUGAACGACACCCAGACGUCCUGCCAGCCAUCUCUCUCUCUGGUACCUGAACAGGAAGUCAAGCUGCUGCUGAACUGCUCGCAGCCUAUUGGUCAGUCGUACACGGUGACGAUUACCAGCAUGAUCGAAUGCACCAAGGAUGCCUGCAGCCCCUCAGUACUACAAAGCCAGCCAUCCAUCCUGACCGAGCUCAGCAGAACCUUCACCUUUGAGCUGAAGGCGCCCGAGAAGACGGUCGUGGGUCUGGACGUCACCGGGGACGGACUGACAGAGACGUCGCAGCAGUGCCCCGACGGAUUUCAGUAUUCGGUGGUUGCUUCCAAGACCGACGCCCAAAGCUCGACCCAGUACUGUCGAGGCGGUUCUGUGACUCGGUUGGAUCUGCCGAGUGAGACCGCCGUAUCUCUGCGAGUUCCACCAAACGCUCAGGUGGUGCCGAUGUUGUUUCAGGCCACACCACAGAAGGGCCGAACAAUGGUGGUGACGGUGGAUCCCGGCACGAUGGUGGUCCUCAGCCGAGACGCGGCUUCGCCAGAGUGUGAAGUUUGCACCGUUGACGGCUCAACUCGCUCCUGCAGCGCCGAAGAAAAGUCUCUGGCCAACGGUGAGAGUUCACUGGAGUUCAGCUGCCUGAAACCAGAGGACACGUUCAGCGUGAAGAUGGAGAAGAAAAUAGCGUGCACUCAGAGCUCCUGCAGUCCUGCUGCAGCACAAGUUGAUCCGGAGCUGUUCAAGGACUUCAGAAGGUCUCUGACGUGGGACAUCAGCGUCCCAGAGAGGACGGUGUUAACGCUGGACUUUCCCUCUGGCGGGCUGAAGGAUGUUUCUGCGGCGGAAGAUUGCCAGGACGGCUAUCGGUACUCAGUGAGUACGACUAAAGGCGAUGGAACAAUCAAAGCCAAUAGCUACUGCAGAGGCGGCGCCGUGUCUCAUUUGAAUCUGCCCGGACCGGCGACCGUGACCGCUGAGGUGCCCAAAGGAGGAGAUCUGGACCCGACGGCAUUUAACUUCAAAGCAGCACCGAGAGGUGCCAGGAUGAUGUCAGUGACCCCCGACCCCGACACAAUCAUCACCAUCAGCCGGGUUGGGGAGGAUCCGGACUGCAGCGUUUGCGUGGACCCGCCGCCCAACCAGAAAUGCAACCCAAGAUAUCUGCAGCUGACUGAUACUCGCAACACCUCAGUGGAGUUCACCUGCCCUCGGCCUCAGGACGUCUUCAGCGUGGAGAUCAACAGAGAGAUCGACUGCACAGAGACCUCUUGUUCUGGAAACAUCGUCCAGCCUGAGUCCUCGCUGUUCCCGGACUUCAACAGGACCUUCACCUGGGAUCUGAAAGUCGUCUCCACUCGGGCUUUCCAGCUGGACUUCCCAGAACCGGGGAUGCGACAGAUUCCCAACGAGGAGACGUGUCCGGAUGAACACACGUACUCUCUGGUUAUUUAUCUGCGCAGUGGGCCGGCCACCAUUGGUACCUUCUGCAAAGGAGGAACUGUGAGCACCAUCAUGGCUCGGUACAAGGGCCGAGUCGUCCUGCGGGUGCCUGGAGACGCUAAACUGGACCCUGUGGACUUCAAACUCAGUGUUGGACCUGAGACGAAUAUGUUGGCCAUACUGAAAGCCAACCUGCCGCGAGGCGUAUCCGACACGGACUUCCUCACAGCCAACUACCCCAGAGACUUCCCCGACAUGCAGCAGAUGCAGUGGAACUUCACGGUGCCCGGCAUGCACAACUACACCGUGAGCUUUCGCGACCACGCGGCCCCCGAGUGCCUCAGCAACGAGGUGACGGUGGAGUACCAGAAACCCAACAAGAAGGUGAGCAAACUGACGCUGACGGAUCCUCAGCCGGAGCAUCAGCAGGGAAACUUCAACAUGGUGCUGAAGAACUGUGAAACCAACACGACUCUGGAAGGACUCCGCCUGAGCUACCGGGUCUCUGUGAUGAGGAGCGGCCAUCCAGUUCUGUGUACGGUGGAUCUCACCAAACACAAAGGAGUUUCCGUGCAGCUCGAGAAGGUCGGUUCUGACCCGUACUGUGAGAUGAGCGUCGACUCCAAGGUCACAAGGAAGAUAUUCGUGGCUGCAGGCACCACGGCCCGUCUGUCCUUCCUCGACUGUCCGAACGAGGACGUCCGUCUGACUGCCAGCAAAGUUAUUGAGUGUCAGGAUGCAUCGUGCACUGCCACUAAGCUCACCAUUCCCAAACUGGACUCCUGCCUGCCGAUGCCGCUGCACAGCUUCACCUGGCGCCUCAACAUCCCCAACGACAGGACGCUGGACCUGGUGUCGCCCACCGGGAGCCUGAAACAGUCCCUGCCGGGCCAGAAGUGCAACCACUCCGUCUUGCUGCACGUGGCCGAGAGCGACGGCUCUUCUGUCGGAGACUUCUGCUACAACGGCGACAUCCAGAAGGUCCAGGUGCACACCAACAUCUCCGUCACGGUGGCGGUCAAAGACUUCAACAGGACCAGGGGGCCUUUUCUCAGCGUCAACGCCAGUCAGGAAAUCAGAGAGACCAUUAUUUACAGAGUCGCCCCCAAGGUGGCGUCCCCGGCCCUGCUGGCCACCCCCGGCUGGCCCCGGGGCAUGAAGCCCCCCACCACCGUGUCCUGGAUCGUCACCGUGCCCAGCCAGUACCAAGCGCACCUCCACUUCGUCAACGUCAGCCAGCCCAAGUGCAAGAAAAGACACACCGCCAUCACGGUGAAGACGCUGGAUUCGGAGGAGGAGAUGAUGAGCCGGCGGGAGGACGAGGAGGCCGAGGACAAGCUGGUGGUGCCGCGGAGUUUCUACGUCAACAUGUCCAACUGCAUCCCCGAGGACGGGCAGUUUAGUGCGCUGUUCAAAGUCGGUCUGGAGAAGAAGACCAACCUCUUGGCCAUCGUCCUCGGGAUCACAGGAGCUGUUGUGCUGGCACUCGCGGUGCUGGGUAUCGUAUGUUGUGUCACAAGGAAAAAGAAAACACAAAAGAUGAACACGGAGUCGUCCAUCUACAUCAGCAAAGGGAACAUCUUCCGCCCGGGCGACAGGCACUUCAGUAAAACCCGAUCCGACAACGAGUCCCACGUCUACGACUCCAUAGACGACACGAUGGUGUACGGCCACCUGCUGGGCGACUCCUAUAACACCUUCACGGGACCGCCCGACGGGGGGCUGCCUGUGGUCAAAGAACCAGACCCGGAGCCCGAGAUGGAUCAGUACAACACGUUUCUGAAGCCCUCCGAGACUUUCAUCCCGUCCCGUCCGCGCACUCCCAUCGACCGGCAGGACAGCCUCGGCUUCCAGGACCGCAGGAUGGUGGACAACGAGCUGUACACGUUCAAGAGCACAGGGGACAUAAACACGAUCCGGCUGUCCGGGGUUGAUUUGGAACCGGAGCCGCCGAUAAUGGAGGAGUCCUUAUAGAGUGUUCGGACCGUGUCUGUGUGAUAAACUGAUGUUACUGAGUCCAUGUUACAGCACCGAGUAUCCGUCGACGGUACGUCUGUGCCUCGAACACACUCAGGGAAUCUAAGAUCGGUUUACUUUUCAACGCGUCUUUGCAGAAAUCCAAGAGUAAAAGUGCUGAGCCUUGUCCUUAAAGGAGUAGUUUAGGGAACAUUUGCUUUCUGCUAGAGUUGGAUGAGAAGAGCGAUGCUGCUCUCGUGUCUUCUGCAGUAAAUAUGAAACUACCGUAAGCAGCUAGUUGGUUCAUCUUGGCUACAAGACAAAGAAACCCUCCUACCAGUUCCUCUAAAGCACCAGUUAACCUGUGAAAUGUGAUUUAGUGACUUUGUGGAGACUCUCGAAGAAAUCACUGCUUCUGGCCAAGAAAUGUUCCUGCACAUCAUGUCCUGUGAAACCUUAACUUUGGCUUCUUAUGGAUGAAACAAAUGAGAUAUGCGAUGCUAGCGUGUUAGCUUUAGAGGUGCUGGUUGUUGGGUUUUAGCUAGCUUUCCCCUCUGCUAAGUUAAGCUAACUGGAUUCUGCCUGUACGAAGGUGAACGUGGCGUUGAUCUACUCGUCUAACGGCAAGAAAGCAACAAAAACACAGAACUAUUUCUUCAAUGUUUGAUUAAUGUUGCCUGUGUGGCAUCGAUUCAUGAGCAGAAAUCAUGCAAGUGCCCUCUGUUCUUUUUUAAGUGUUUUUAUAAUUUUUGCUAGUCUUUUUUAAGAUGUUUUUUUUUCUUCUUUUACCUGUAAAUAUAAUUUAGUUUUUUUUCUUUUUGCAAUAAAUUCGAGGAAGUGGUUUGGUGGGAAAA